AUGCUGUCGAUUCCAGCACCCUUCGUGCUCAAGCAAGGCCUCGACAAGCUGAAAAACUCAGUGGAAGUACAAAGAAAGGCAAUCCCAGGGCAAUUGGCAGAGAAGGAGCGCGCAUCUUUGGUUGAUCUUGAAUGGCUCGAUACGGCUGGAAAUGUUGUCAAAGAAGAACAGCUUGUAUGGAUGCUGGAUGAGGCCUUGGACUACAAGCAGGGAGUCGGACGUUUAGAUGAGAAUCAGAAGGAACUCUUGACCAAAUUGGCAGAUUUGGCUGUGAAUGCAAAAGCAGGUGCUGAGAAGGUCCUUGGGCAUGUGGAGAAGACGGUCACAAAUAAGAGAAAGUGUCCUACUGAGCGCAAGGUUCUGGACAAGCCAACCCAGUCAACGGCGAAAGUGUGCAAACCAGCUCCCGUAUUCACCCACAAGGAAAACGCAACACUCUGGCAGAAAAUCGAAAUCUUGGACUGGCAUUGGAAGCAACCUUUAACAGGAAAGCAGAAGAAACCGAAUCAGGGCACCACCGCAGCACACUUUGACAAACAAUACCCUAACUUGAAGAUCAAGCAGCCUCUAAUCUUGGCCUGGAUCAAGGGAGAGACAGAACUUCGUUGGCAAUGGGAUGAGGUUCAGGCGAAGGGUCGAUUGGCAGAUGUGAAGCAUGUCAAGCAGACAGAGAAUCCGGAAGUUGACGCAAUGCUCAAGCUUUGGAUCAUGCAGGCGAUGCAGGACAGCGUUCAGCUCAAUGGAGCCAUCAUCUGCAAGAAGUGGACUAGAUUUGCUGAUCAGAUGGGCAUUCUGGAUGACAAGCGACUCAAGCUCAGUGAACAAUGGUUGGAUUCUUUGAAGAAGCAAAUGGGAUUGAAGGAGUUCCGCUGCCAUGGUGAGGCGGCCUUAGCCAAUCCAAACGCAAUCUGGACUGACCAUGAACGUAUUCAGGACUUGAUUGUUCACAAAGGUUAUGCGCUUGAAGAUGUCUUCAACAUGGACAAGAUGGACUCUUCUUCUGCUUAUCAUUGGCAAAGGAAGCAGACAGCCCAUCAACUUGGGUUCCUGUACCAAAACAACGUGAAGGCAUGGAUAACAACAGUGCUGUAUCAAGAGUGGCUUUGGAACUGGGAUGCAGAUUUGGUGCAACAGAACCACUGGGUCCUCCUUCUGCAGGACAACUUUAGUGGACACACACCACCUGAAGACAUUUCAAACAUUCACGUGGAGAACUUCACAGCCAAUCUUACUGCACAUGUCCAACCCAUGGACGCUGGCAUCAUCCAGGCAUUUAAGGCUCACUACCGCUGUGGAUUCAUGCAACGAUCACUUGAUCACUACGACUCCAACAUCUCCCUGGCCCAUAUCUACAAUAUCAACCAACUCGAGGCAAUGCGCCUUGCAGACCAAGCUUGGCGCAAGAUCUCACAAACCACAAUCGCCAAUUGCUGGAUCAAAUCGGGGAUUCUUCCUGAUAAGAGCACCGAAGUGCGAAUGGCCGCAGAGCUUGCACUGGAGGCAGAGGAGGAGAAGGCAUGUGAAAAGCUUUUGGAAGUGCUUGAUGCUGCUGAACUCAUCAAUGUGGCAAACGAGAUGUCGAUUCACGAUGGAUGCACUGAAGAAGAAAUCUACAAUGCUGUCAUGGAUGUGGCAAAGGCAAGUCAAGACCAGGAGGCCAAUGGGGGUGAUGACAAUGACUGUAAUGUCAUCCUGCCCAGGCCUUCACGCAACAAAGCCCUGCAAGCCGUCCAAGUUCUUCAACAGUAUCUUGAAGUGAUGAACUCCUCCUUUUCACGCGACCUCAAGCAUAGUUUGGCAAAGCUUGGAUGCAAAACUCAGUUAGAAUGCACCAUGUCAUUGAAGGGGACAGCCCUGACAAAUUAUUUCACUUGCAAGUAG